UCCUGCCCUCCAUGGCCGGUGACGGCUGAUCCACCAAAUGAGGCGGAAUUCCGCAAGAAACUCCAACUCUUGAAGCGCCACAAAUCGACAAGCCCAGAUGACUCUACUCCGGCUCUUUUUAAAGAUGGUGGUGACUUUCUGAUUAAGGGACUGACGACGUUGUUUACAAAGAUCUGGGAACUAGAGAGUGUACCAACGUCAUGGAAUGAGUCGAUAGUUGUCCCUAUCUUUAAAAAGGGUUCACGUCGUUCCUGUAACAACUAUCGGGGAAUAAGUCUACUUCCGAUCGCGUUCAAGCUAUUGGCUUCCGUUAUACUUCGUAGGUUGUUCAAAACCCGAGAAAGAUUGACUCGCGAGGAGUAGGCUGGGUUUCGUUUUGGUCGAGGAUGUAUUGAUCAUAUCUUCACCCUCCGCCAAAUGUUAGAACACCGUCAUACUUAUCAAAGGCCAACAAUCGUAGUGUUUCUUGAUAUCAGGGCUGCCUUCGAUUCGUUGGACAGGACUGUUCUCUGGGAUUGUCUAUUGGAGAAGGGUGUGCCUGAGAAGUUUAUUAACAUCCUACAAGCCCUAUACACAAACACCUCAGGCAGAGUGAGGGCAUACAACCACCUCUCUCCAUUAUUCCAUUCGAGCAGUGGAGUUAGGCAGAGUUGCCCAAUCUCACCAUUCCUCUUCAACUAUGCCAUCGAUGACAUUCUGGAAACAGCUUUGACGGAUGUAACUAAUGGUGGUGUGGAUCUGUUGCCUGGAGAAAGACUUCUCGACCUUGAAUAUGCGGAUGAUAUUUUCUUACUGUGCGAGAAUGCCCAAGCCAUGCAAUCCGCACUUAAUCAGUUGGCAAUCAAUGUCCGUAGGUAUGGUAUAUGCUUUGCACCUUCGAAGUGCAAAGUACUUCUACAAGACUGGCAGGAUUCUAAUCCCGUACUCACCCUGGAUGGUGAGCAAAUAGAAGUAGUCGAAAAGUUCGUGUAUCUAGGUAGCUGCAUAAGUGCUGUUGGUGAGGUGAGUGAUGAGAUCAAUGCACGUAUAGUGAAAGCCAGAGUGGCUUACGCCAAUCUGGGCCAUCUUGAGCGCCUUCGUGAUGUUAGUAUGGCUGUAAAAGGUCGGAUCUACAACGCGUCGGUGAGAGAAGUUCUGCUCUAUGCUUGUGAAACCUGGCCUCUCUGAGCUGAGGAUGUUAGACGACUGUCUGUGUUCGGUCAUCGCUGUCUCCGAAGGAAUGCUGACAUUCAGUGGCAACACCAUGUUAGUAAUGCAGAGGUUCGGCAUCGUGUGUUCGGUCACAGAGACGAUAACUCUAUUGGUGUUACCAUCUCGAAACACCGACUUCGGUGGCUUGGACAUGUUCUACGAAUGUCGUCCCAGAGAAUUCCUCGUCGUGCAUUAUUUGCCGACUCUGGGACUGGUUGGAAAAAGCGGAGAGGUGGUCAGUUCAUGACAUGGUGUCGUGGUAUGAAAAAAAGCUGCAAAGGGCUGGCUUGUG